AACAACUGACAGUUGACGGUCAGUUGUUACGAGGCGCGCGCGCAUUCAGCCUGCGCAGGAGUCGAGCGAAAUACAUCGAUCUUUUUUUUUGUUUUUAUCGUUUUUUUGUGUGUUUUAGUGUUGUGUUUUGUGUGUUUUUUGGAUACUAUUUUUUGAUAAGAUGGGCUGCGGUCGAAUAUUCAACGCUCUACGGCGCUGCAAGCAGCUAGAAGACGGAGACACAUCAACACAGCUAGACAGAUGCCUAGGCCUCCUAGACCUGACGGCGCUAGGCGUAGGCAGCACGCUAGGGCUGGGAGUUUAUGUCCUAGCGGGGGCGGUGGCCAAGACUGUGGCGGGACCAGCUGUGUGUAUUAGCUUUCUGGUCGCUGCUAUCGCUUCGGCUUUUGCUGGCCUCUGCUACGCUGAAUUCGCAGCCCGCGUGCCCAAAGCCGGGUCAGCAUACGUCUACAGCUACGUGAGCGUCGGCGAGUUCAUCGCCUUCACCAUCGGCUGGAACCUCAUCUUGGAGUACGUCAUCGGCACAGCCAGCGUGGCCAAAGGCAUGGCCUUGUAUAUCGACAGCCUGUGUAACAACUCCAUGGCGAGAGCUAUGACUGAGGCUGCUCCUAUCAAUGUGUCUUUUAUGGCGGAUUACCCUGAUUUCUUCGCGUUUGCACUUGUGAUGUUGAUUACUGUACUCCUGGGUAUAGGCGUGAGUGAGUCCACAAAGCUGAACAACGUAUUCACGGCGCUGAACCUCAUCACUGUCAUCAUUGUAGUCAUCGCUGGAGCUGUCAAGAGUGACCCAGCAAACUGGAGGAUAGCAAUUGAAGACGUGCCAGAAGAGUACAAAAGCCAGGCUGGCGCUGGUGGCUUUGCCCCCUGGGGCGUCGCCGGCAUCAUGGCAGGAGCAGCCAAGUGUUUCUUCGGCUUCGUAGGGUUUGACUGCGUGGCCACCACGGGAGAGGAGGCUAAGAACCCAAAGAGAGAUAUACCCCUGUCCAUAGUCUUGUCUCUGGUGGUGAUCUUUGUGUCGUACUUUAGUAUUGCUACGGUACUGACUAUGAUGCUGCCUUAUUAUUUGCAGGACGCAGACGCGCCGUUCCCCCACGUGUUCACAGAAGCCAACCUACCCGUGAUCAAGUGGAUAGUCACCAUCGGCGCCAUCUUCGCGCUCUGCACCAGUCUGCUGGGCGCCAUGUUCCCUCUACCCAGGGUGUUAUACGCCAUGGGCAGUGAUGGUGUGCUGUUCAGACCGUUAGCCAUAAUUAACAAGAGGACCCAGACUCCUGUUAUUGCGACGAUCUUGAGUGGGUUGCUUGCUGCAAUAAUGGCGGCAUUGUUCAACUUGAACCAGCUGAUCGACAUGAUGUCUAUCGGAACUCUUCUCGCGUACACCAUCGUUGCUACCAGUGUGCUGAUUCUCAGAUACGAAGAAGAAACAACAAUACAACUUCACGCGACAAAGCCAGCACCCGAGACUCCGUUUAGCGUGUUCAAGCAGCUCUUCAACCUGCUGGGGCUCAAGUACCCCACGCAACUGUCGUACACCAUCGCCAAGUGCACCAUCUUCAUAUUUUUCGUGGUGGCGCUGGUGACGUGCUCGCUGCUGCGCUGGGAGCGCGCGGCGGGGGCGCUGGGCGCGCUGGGCGCGGUGCUGCUGGUGCUGCUGCUCGUGCUCUACCGGCAGCCCAGGAAUAAUGUGGAGCAGCUGUCGUUCACGGUGCCGCUGGUACCCCUGGUGCCGUACCUGAGCGUGUGCAUGAACGUGUACCUGAUGGUGCAGCUCGACUACCAGACCUGGGUGCGGUUCAUCAUAUGGCUCGUUAUUGGCUACAUGAUCUACUUCUUCUACGGCAUCAGGAACAGCUCUCUCCGGGAAAAGAGUGAGCCUGCCACAAACGGCAUGAUCGAAGAGAAGAGACAAGUGGUCACCACCAAGUUCUAACGCAGACCGACACUGCUUAGCCAUAUUAGUGUACAAUACUGUGACGUCUUAACCUUACAUACCUUGGGAGCCCUGGCCUCCUCUAUUGGACUCCUGGGGUCCUGGGCUCGGGGCCCUGCCCUGGGCCCAAUGGAUAAAAGGGUGGACCCUGAUGCAAUCGUAAAAUAUUUAGACUGGUUAAACUACUUAUUUGAAGAUGUCAAGCUGAGAAGAUUUUGGUCUUCUCACUGGUUGAGAGAUGGUAAAAUAGGCAAAUGUAGUGAAUCCAGGCAUUUUGAGAAGCUUUAGGGUUUUAAUAGAUGAAAAUAUAUAUAUCUUGCGAAAAGUAGGAAGCGUCUGUUGUAUAUGACUUUGUAAUGUUGCAGUAAGUUGUUUUGUAAGAAGUUUAGAAAAUGUUAAAGUAGAGAUCGCUUUUGGUGUAUUGAAGUUAUUGAAUUGUGAUUUGAACAGUUAGUCCUAAAGGGCAGGAAGUAAUAACAAGGUGAUAUGAUGAAAUGAGACUAGACAUAUUAGCUGACCCAUAAACUCAGAUUUGUGUCUGAGGACUUUAAAACCUGAUUUUGAACCUGUAUAACCUACAUAUUAUAGACUUGUUUUCAUUGUGAGAGUAUAAUAAAAAUCGUUAACUCUAAAUGUAACAUUAAAAGGCUAGACAGCUAUGUUUAGAAAUAAGAUAUUUGUAAAUAGAGAUUGUUCCAGCUGAUUACAGGGUUUUCAUAGGACAGAUUAAAUAAGUGUUGAAAAUAAGAGAUUGCCCACAAGUGUUAUUUAUAAGUAGCUUUUAUAUUCUGGAAGGCAACUGCUACUUAUUUUAUAAAUAAGUACCUACAUUUUUAUUUAAAUUAUUAAACAAUACCUACCUAUUACAACUUCAGUGAAGAAAUCGAUGUGGUAAUAUUUUUAAUUUUUUGACUCUGUUAUGUUAAGAUUUCUGAUUUUCAUCCAAUUUGUCCAGAAAAAAUCUGGAUAAUGUUAUGUAAUUUUGCUGUAUUUACCAUAAGAGCCAAUUGAUUAUUGAAUACUUGACAAUUGACAUUCCAUUAUUGUAAAACAUAUUUUUAAAAUAUCAUCAUCAUCAUCAUCAUCAUCAGCCUAUCGCAGUCCACUGCUGGACAUAGGCCUUUUAAUAUAUAGUGAUGUACAAUAUAAUUUAACCGACUCUGGCAAAGCCAAGAGGAUGGUUAUAACUUUUAAAAUAUCGUGAUUGCUUAGAGAUUAAAAUAAUCCGUAAAUAUUGUUAAUGUAAUUUUUGGAGAAUAAUGUUUAAUAGAUAUUAAGGAAUUGAUAAACUUCGUUGUGAUAGAUGUGUGAUCGACAAGCGUUAGUUUGUAUGAUAUUUUGGUCAGUUACAAACAUUAAAUUAACUUAUUAGCUAUAAAUAAAUAAGUAGUGUUAAGCAUUAACAAACUGUGAUUUAUUGAAUGAGUCGACUUAAUUAUUAUUUGAAAGAAUGAUUAAAUGAUUACAACUUGA